UUUUGUGUAUCCCUGAUUGAAUGCGUAGAUCUUGUAACACAAACACAUGGUGUUCCACACGGCCAUAACAGCUAAAAUAAGUGAUUUUAGUGAUUAAUAUUCUAAAGUGUUUCUGAAUUAAAUUUUAAUUAAUUGUUGAUGUUAUCCUGAUAUCAGUUAUUAUAUUAUUGAACGGAAAUGUAUUUUUUUCAAAAAUCAUUUUAGGACUUGAGUUCUGUACAAAAUAAGCUUUUCAUGUGUAGUCGAAUCUUGACCACUUUUCUUGUUCGACCAGCCAACUUUAUUUAGUAGCGGUGUGAUCAUAUCAUGGAUUCAAAGGAAGAAACUUGAUAAUUCUUGCUUCUUCGAAAACGGCAAUGACAGAACAUUUUUGUGGAAUAUUCCACACAUUUUUUACCACGUUUCCGUCGUUUGAAUCCUUUAUUAAAGCGAGCUUUAUUUUUCCACGAGUCACUUCAUUCUCUCACGCAUCUCUUAUUCAUCGUCAUACUAUCCCCAAUACUCUUCAAAUUAGUGUUAAAAACUCCGUUUCUGUUGAAAUAAUCCCACAUCCAUUUGCUGGCUUAAGCUCAGGCGAUGUUAAUGGACAAUAAAUGUCUGGACAAAUCCUCAACUGCCUGGGAAAUGUGCAAAACUGGUCCAUUCUACAUAUUUCCCAUUGGUUCGGGUUCGAGUCUCUUAUAAAAUUGCGUAAACUUUCAACAUUUGCCAGUAUCAUUCACCACAACAGUUGGAGAUGCAAUCUGAAAUUCUAUUUUCUUGAGCAAUUUUAUAUCCUGAAUGAAAUUACGUGUAACUCCUCAUCGAACGGUUUCGUUUUGUCAUUAGCCGUAUUUACUCCAUUAUUGGGAGAGAAAUAGGGCUUCUCUGUCCGUAAAAUACUAGACAUUCUCAAUUUCCAUCUGCGCUUAUAUUUGUAAUCAACACUCCUACCUGAAAACAAAAUCUGCAUUUUGUCCAAACUUCAAUAGCAAUUUUUUAGAGUGCCUUCAAAAGUUCUUCCGUAAAAUAUUCCAAACCAUCGCAUUGGUAAUUGGUGCUGAUUCCUAGCGGAUUCGUAUCGGCCUCAAUCUGAUUUUUCUGAAGAACUUUUGGAACUUCAAGAUUAUUACUUUUUCGGUCGUCAGAUGCUGUUUGUAUAAAUUCUCUAAUAAAACUGGACCUGCUCUCAAUCCCAUUUUCAUAUACAACAUUUUUUCAGGUUCAUAUUGGUAUUGCUACAUUAUUAUUGUAUUUAUUUUGGGAACAAUGGUUGUCCAUAUAAGCAACAGGUUUUCAUUUACUUUUGUUAUUAAUUUGAAUUGUUAUGUAUAUUUUGAAUAAUCCAAAAAUUGGCCGUAACAAUUCAUGUAGCAUUUUAUCUGGAACACCCUGUUUGUGCUAUAUCUUUUUACUUUCUUCGAAAUGAUUUACACGCUGUAUUCAGCUUCUGCUAAUACUUCAUUGCAAUUUAUAACGCCAUUCGCUUACCCUGGCUACUGAAUGUGUUUUUUUGUAAAUUAAAUUUUAUAGAAUUACAAACAUUUGUGUAACGUUUGCUUUUAGCUAGGACUCAUGUAUGUUUUUAUAUUAUAUGUUAUAUUAAAUAAGAUGUGGCUCAGAUGUAAAGCUAUAAUAAGUAAUAUUGUUUAUAAUGUAGCGUUUUAUAGAAGCAAUAAAAUUAGUCUUCUUAUUUAAAAAAUUGUAUUAUUCUAAGUAAUAUUUCGCUUAACACCUUAUUUUGGUUAUUUAACAUCAAAGUUUAAAAAGCUGUUGUGUCCUGUCGCUUUGUUUUUUUUCUUGUCUGGCUUUAAGAAUUGUUCCUCACUCCAUGAAAAUUUUUUUAAAGUUUUUGCAACUUUCAUAAAAAUUAAUAAAUCCGAAAACUAACCAAACCUCAUAUUAAUGAGGUUUUUAAACUGGAGUUCGUUUGGAUACAUUCAAAUUUGAUACGCAGUUGCCAUCAAAAGUAGAUCAGUUUCUAAUAGUCACAGUUUUAAAAGAUGUUAUGUGAAUGUUGUUUUUAGGAAAUUAUGGCCAGAGUAUUUGUUAAUGUUGUUUUGAUUGUUCUGAUGUUGAGACCGUCUAAAGGGAUUUCAAGUUGUUCCGAACAAGGAUUUGUUCUACGAACGUACAGAGCUUCCAUACCCAAUCAACAAUAUUGUUUGUCAUGUGCCAUAUUUAGAAAGGAAAAUAUACAAUUGCGACAGUUUUUGUGCAUUGGUUCCAAAUAUGAUUUAGCUGAUCAAAAGAAAUUAUUUAAUUCUAUUCGCAUUCUGCGAUCCUAUUCACCGAUGGAACUGAAAAUUACAGCAGGAAACUUUACCACAUAUAAAAACGAUUUUUCUUGGCGUAACAAUGAAAUUAAGAAACUUGAUAUUUCAGAAAAUGACAUCGGUAUUAUUCCAGAAGCAUUUUUCUAUUCAUUCCCAAAUUUACUGUAUUUAGAUCUAAGCAGCAACAACUUAACAUCUAUAAGCGUACACGACUUUCGAUAUUUAAAUGGCUUGCAAGGAUUAGAUUUGUCAUUCAAUCGAAUAAGUAACUUAACUGAUGCGUUUGAACCUAUUUUAGAUUUGUUUGAUAUCAAUUUGAGUCAUAAUAAGAUAUCGAAUAUUCCGAAAAACCUUUUUGAAAGUCAAAUGCAUUUAGAGAACCUGAAGUUAAGUUACAACGAAAUGGUUCGUUUUGAGGUGGAGAUGCCAAAGUAUUCCAAGUUUAUCUUGAAUGAGUUGGAUUUAAGCUUUAAUAAAUUAGAAAACGUUAGUAUCAAUAAAGAUGUGAAACGUUUAAUUAUCAGUCGUAACAAUUUAACUGAGUUUUCUUUAAAACUUGGCGAGAAUUUAGUCUCGUUAAAUUUAAGUCAUAAUCGACUGGUAAAAAUCGAUGACCAUUCGAUGUUAAAUGCAGUUAAUGUUGCAGAUAUAGACUUAAGUUACAAUAAAUUGCAGAGUCUGCCUACAGGCAGUUUUCGAAAUCAGCAAAAAUUAUCCUCUCUCAACAUUUCCAACAAUUUACUUGCUGAAAGCUCGUUUGGAUCAUACAAUAAUUGGGCGACCUUUUUUUACAAUUUUGCAAUGCUGAAAUCGGUUGACCUAAAUAAUAAUCUGUGGACAUGUACAGAAUUAAGAAAUAUUAUAUUUAUGCUUCUAACACGGUCUGUUGGUGUUAUUCAAGGAAAUUAUCAUAACAGUAGCAAUAUUUUAGGCGUAAAAUGCACCGAAACAUUUACAAAUAAUACCAGCCUUUCUAAUGAAUCUCGAAGUGAUUUUAGUCAAGAUAUAGCUUUUGAUGCAUUAGUGACUGAGCUGGACAAUUUGUUAUUAAAAAUUAAAAAUCUGGAAUCCCAACUCAAUGUCACUCAUGCCCAAAUCAAUGAAACCAUUCUUAAUCAAGUAGCGUAUUUGGACCUGAAAACUAACCAAACCGAACAAGAUUUAACCGAUCUUUGGACACAAAUGAAAGCGAAUGCUAAUCAAAUAAAUAACACAAUCAGCAAUAUAGAGAGCUUUAAAUCAAACAUCAGUAAGGCAAUAAAGGAUGCGAACUUUAACGGGGAAAUUUCUGCUACAAAUAUCAACAACCUGCAUGAAGAAGUUAGAAAUGAUUUAAUCAAAACUGUUAAUAAUAUAUUGCCAAGACUGGUGAAUUUGGAAGAGCGCAUUAAGACUAUUGGUGUUGAAGCUCAUUCUGAACACACAAAUAAAGAUGGAACUUUUCUGAGAAAAACACUUUCGAAUAGUACGGGGACUUUUAACGAAAAGCCCACAGACUCAAACGUUGCUACGCACUUAAGUGGACAAGAUGACACGAUAAAACAAGGGCAUGAGUCGAAGGAAAUAUUAGAACAAAUCCGCGACGGAACAAAUGCCAUUUCAGGAAUAGUGUUUCAGAAUUUACUGUUGCUUUCCAUUUUUGUUGCACUGUUGUACAUCAUAUUUAAUUUGUUUAAACGGAAAAAAAUUAAUGCUGAUCGAGAAGAGCUCAGUCUCGUUCAAGCAUAAUUUUAAUUAUGCUUAAGGUUAAUAAGAGUUGUUCGGGACGAACUAUAGUUAACUAUAACUGUAACUAUUGGGUUGUUCGGGACGGAUUCAGGUUCAUUCGGACGAAACAUUGUCUCAUGUAGAAAUUAUAUAUUUUCCAGUAGAUAAUCACUGGGACAGGAAAUGGGUUGAUAAAAGCAAUUUUACAUGAAGGAGAUCAUAAAGUAAAAAAUACGAAUCACCUCAAAGCUUCAUUAAAGCCGAUAUUAAUUUUUCAAAAAUUGGUUUUUUGUUUGGUGUAACUCAAUUCUUCAGUCCACUGUUACUCAAACAGUAGAGGCCAGAAUCGACUCAUGGAAAAGGUGGACAUUUUCACCAAGAUUUUGCAAGACUAUACAAUUUUUUUGGAUGGACCGACCAUAUUCUCCAGACCUGGCACCUUUUGAUCAUUAAAUUAUCCUGCUUCCUGCAAAAAAGCCAAACAUUUUAUGAACUUGGAAUCGUCUUUCAUUUCCUCGGGAACGAAACGAAAGUACUCGCUCCGAACAAUCCAAUAAUUAAUAAUAUUGAAAUAUUUGAUGACUUUGCAGUUGAAUUAGGAUGUGCUUAGAAUGUGAAUAUGACAAUAAAUAGAAACGUGUUUCUGUUAUUUAAUUGCUUCGACUUUAUUGUAUAAAUGUUGUAGAGAAUUGGAACAUUUUAUUCAUUUAUUCUUAUCACUUCCAAUAAUUUGGUUUUUCAAAUGAAUUCGAAAAUCGUCCAGCAAACAUCGCAAAUGCAGAUAAAUAGCAAUUUACGUGUUUAGUAAUUACAUUUUUACGGUAUCGGGAUGUUAUAUUAGAAUUAAGGCAAUGACUAUUAAACGCAUAAAAAAUG